UGGGAAAUGUAGCAAAUUGUUGCAAAUCUUUAGCAUCUGCAGCAGCCAGUUGAAAGGGUAGUAACUAGACACGUUAGCCGUAUCACAGCAGAAUUGAUUUAUAUAUAUUUCGCGGUGCAAUAUUACCGCCAACAUUGUCAGAGCCUCAUAAUGACCUCAGCUUCAUGGGGCCUCUCGUUUAUUCUUGCCAUCAGUAUUAUUAUUGCAUACCCAAGUCCCUCUCAUGCCUGGGAUUCAGACCUUGAGCUGUACGACCUGGUGGAGGAAAUUCAACAAAACUUUUACGAAUUCCUAUCAGUUGAACAGGAUGCCUCGUCAGCGGACAUCAGAAAGGCCUAUCGCAGGCUGUCACUCACUUUGCAUCCCGACAAGAACAAAGACGAGAACGCUGAAACCCAAUUCAGACAGUUGGUGGCCAUCUAUGAAGUACUGAAAGAUGAAGAGAGGAGAGAGAGGUAUAAUGAUGUCCUGGUCAACGGGCUACCGGACUGGAGGCAGCCAGUGUUCUACUACAGGCGGGUAAGGAAGAUGAGCAAUGGGGAGCUGGGCUUCCUGCUCUUCCUCAUCCUCACUGUGUGCCACUACGCAGUCAUCUGGUCCAUCUACCUGGAGAAGCAGCUGGAUGAACUUCUGAGCAAGAAGAAAAAGGAGAAGAAAAAAAAGAUGAGUAGCAAGAGUGCUGAAGAAUCACGGUUUGUUGGACAGGAUAAAAUUGAGAAGUCACAUGACAAACCUCAUUGGCAGGAUAUCCUGCCACUCAAGCUGAGCAUCUGGCUGUAUCUCUCUGUCAAGUCCCUGCCCCAUGUCAUCCAGGAUGCCAAACAGUAUUACGAAGAUUAUAAGGAGAUGAAAAUCAGAGAGAAAGAGGACGCGGAAGCCAUGGCACUGGAAGAACAGGAAGCUACAACAAUAAAAGAGAAACGACCCAAAGUAAAGAAGCCGAAGUUUGAGUUCCCCGUUUAUGAGCCUUCACUCAAGGUCGCCGACAGCGCGUACUCACCAGUAUACGACCAGGGAACGUCCAUCGAGGAGAUCGAAGACCAGAUGGAUGACUGGCUAGAGGAUAAGAAGUCUCCGAAGAGAAAGGCACCUGAGUGGUCAGAAGAGGACAUCACUCUUCUGACAAGGAGUAUGGCCAAGUUCCCUGGGGGAACACCUGGUCGCUGGGAGAAGAUCGCACACGAACUAGGAAGAUCGGUGACAGAUGUUACUGCAAAAGUCAAACAAGUUAAAGAUGGUCAAACCAACACAUCAGGGCUGGUGAAGCUCUCGGAGCUCAAGGCCCAGGGCAGCGCAGCACUCUCAGGAAAGGGAUCCAAAGCUGGUGCCGGAGCUGUACCCGACAGCGUCAUGACCCAGCGAGAACACUCACAACCCCAGCCUCCGGCAGCAGCCACGGCAGAGUGGAUGGAGCCCAGCGGAGGAGGGAAUGAAGGAGAGGGCAUCCAAGCAGGAGGUGUCAGGAGGAGAGGCAGAAAGACUGGGGGUGGAGGGGUGGGGGGCGAGGAGAAAGCCAAGGGGCGCAGACAGAGGGACUUCGAUCCCACAGCUGCCACCGAGGACAGCGAGGAGGAGCAGAGUCCGCCCACCUCCUCGGUCCCACAGCCCUCCAAGGAGAAGGCCACUGCGGCGGCUGACGACGUCUGGACCCAGAACCAGCAGAAGCUUCUGGAGAUGGCCCUGCAGCAGUACCCGCGAGGCACCACGGAACGCUGGGACAGGAUUGCCAAGGUGGUGCCCGGGAAGAGCAAGGAGGAGUGUAUGAUACGUUACAAACUUUUGGCUGAGCUGGUGCUGAAAAGGAAGCAGGCCAAGAGCUGACUCUGCCAAGGAAAGCCAUCUUGAUAUCACUUUCUGGCUCCUAGUCCCUUUUCCUAGCUACUAUCCACUUCAAUGUGAUCUGAAAGGCCUGGAUAGAAUGAAGGCAAUAUAGUGAAAAAAAUCCACAUUUCAUAUUGUUGGGCCAUAUUGCUUUUACCUGUCCAGCUCCUUCAGAUCUGUGAACAGGACAGGGAGAGGAGCAGGGGGAAGGGCCAUCCUCUCAUGUCUGUCAUGUGCCUUAGCUCCACCCAAAGCAUGCCAUCCAGCCUCUAUGAACUGCUAUGUGAGGAUUCAAAGCACCAACAAAAAACGUCUAUACUUGUUUUUGUACUUCACUAUGUUUUGACUUCUGCUUUGCGCUGUCAUUUGAAAUCACACAUGUACUGAAUAUAACUUCUUUGAGAUGAGGAAAUAAACUGUUUUAUUUAUUUACAUGGA